AAUUGGCGCGUCACGGUCACACUGGCCAAAAACAAAACACAUUUUCUGCAUAUUACUGGGAAUUAAUUAGUAAACUGUACAUUGCAUAGUAUAUAAUGAGUUUGGCCGCCAUUAAAGAAAGAGAAGCCAAGGGCAAGAAGAAAGUGCUGCCGAAGUUGCGCACAGUCCUGGCCAAUCCGUACAAGCAACACAGCCCGGUUUUGAAGGAUGAUGAAGUGCUGGAGUUCCGCAAGAUAUUAGGAAAGGCAAAGAAAAGAAGCGCGGACGCUGACAAAUCCUUUGCCACUCGCCAUGGGAUACACCUUGGGCUGGAGAGCUCCCUGCGAUCCGUCAACUCCCAACGCUUCUCCUGUUUGCUAAUUUCCUUGAGUCUCCGCCCGGCGCAUCUCAUCCGCCUAAUAGCCACCAGUGCAUCCGUCAAGGUGCCCACGGCGCCCAUAUACGCCCAGCCCAAGUUGGAGGAGCUUACCCAAGAGAUUUUUGGGGUAAGAUCCCUAUGCUUGGCUCUACCUCUAGACCUGAAAGGUAUAAGCGAGGACUUGGAGCAGUGGGUUCUGGCCCGGAGGCGUUCGGUUCCGGCAAAAAGUAUAACUUCCAUUGCCCUCAAAUCUCGACGGAAGCGCAGGGAGAAAGCGACAAUUCUCCAACCAUCUUCUGAGGAAAAAAAGCGUCCAAAAUCAUUUGCAAUCCCAGCUGCACCGGAAAAGGAUUGGGGCGGCGACUUUAUUUCCUGCUCUUCUGAUAAGGCGUCCAUAAAACUGGACCAAGUGGAUGUCCAUGUGGAGACCCAACAACUGGGCGCCGCACUCAGCCAUUUGGCCAUGAAAGCCAAAAGUGAAAUGGCCAAAGCUGAACAAAAACCUGAGAAAAGGGAGAAAUUGCCGAGCGUAGAACCUAUGGAUGUGGAAACUGAAGUGGUCGUUGAUGAGGAUGACUUUUUGCCGAGUAACCUGCAAACCUAUCGCCCCCUCACUGUCCACCAGAUCAGUCCGAAUCCCGACAAGAAACCUAAAAAGAAAAGAAACAAAAGCAGCCGCCAAACAAAUCGUCGCAAUAGUUGGCAACGCGGCCACUCAUCAGCUGUAGAUUGUAGGUUAUGUUUCAAAAGUGUUAUCGUAAUUUUUAAGGUGCCCGCACAAAAAGAAAUGCUCCGAAGUUUACGGCAAAUAUGCAGACUAGGAAGAUGCUUGAAGACACCACUGCCGGCCAGCAGUCUGCUUAAACCAUCCGCCGAAUCCCCAGCUAUCGUUGCCAGACUGAAAGCGCCGCUCCACACCAGCGGUCCGGCGUGGAAAUAUGACAAGAAAUCUUCGAGAGCGGCGGAUGAUUUGGAUAGCGACGAUGAGGACGAUGAGGAUUUCAAGGAUGAGCGGGAUUCAAAGGUGGUCAAGACCAAGGUGAACUCGCUGCGAGCGGAUCUCCUGCUGAAGGCUGGCCUCGGAAUGGCCAGAAACAAGGUCGAGCUGAAUUUUUACGAGAGCAAGAUCCGCGUCAACGGCAAAAAGCUGCAAAAAAAGAGUGCACAGCUUGAAAUAGGUGAUGAAAUCGACGUGAUAAGGGGCUUUAGUCAAGCGAAUCCCUCUCACCUUGUGGUGGCCCGCGUCUCAAUCCUUUCCGCCAGCGAACGCGAGGAGGGACUAAGCGUGCAUUUGCGGCGCUACAAGUCAUUGCUGGUCGAGAAUUAUCGCGGCGCAAACGCCUUUAAAUCUUCGGAACAUGUGGCUCACUAAGCCCGCUCUAGUACUGAACAGGUGCCCCAUCUGAUUAAUUGUAUAAUUAGAAAUAUAUUCAAAUUGUUAAUGAUCA